UAUUUCUCAGUUCUCACCUAUCGUAAAGUAUAAUGGCGGACAAUUUGUAAAGUAAUGCAAACGUAACGAUUUACGGCAUGCGUUUUAAUAAUAUUUCACAAAGAACAGAUAUUAAUCUUUUAUUAAAGUUAUCAAAAAACACAUGACCGAAUAAAAAGUUGGUAAGCUACAGUUUUAACAUGGCUCGCGAGUUUGAUCAUCUCUUCAAAUUGCUCAUUAUCGGUGACAGUGGUGUGGGUAAGAGCUGCCUCCUCCUGCGAUUCGCUGACAAUACGUUCUCUGGCAGUUACAUUACAACUAUCGGUGUUGACUUUAAAAUAAGAACUUUAGAAAUAAAUGGUGAACGUGUGAAACUACAAAUUUGGGAUACAGCAGGCCAAGAAAGAUUCAGGACGAUAACAAGCACAUACUAUAGAGGGACUCAUGGUGUCAUUGUUGUUUAUGAUGUUACUAAUGGAGAGUCCUUUGCAAAUGUAAAGAGAUGGCUUCAUGAGAUCGAACAAAACUGCGAUGUUGUUAAUAAAGUUCUUGUUGGCAACAAGAAUGAUUGUCCAUCAAGGAAAGUUGUAGUUACAGAAGAUGCCCAAAGGUUUGCAAAUCAAAUGAACAUACCCUUAUUUGAGACUAGUGCAAAGGAAAAUAUAAAUGUGGAAGAAAUGUUUUUGACAAUCACAAAAAUGGUUCUCAGAUCAAAAUUGGAAAUGAAAGAGAGGCAAAAUGUAUCACCAAAUGAUGUAGUAAAUAUUAGAAAGAACCAUAACAAAGGUAGAAAGAAAUGUUGUCAGUAACAGAAGUUGACAUUUAGCCAGGGAUGUCGCUAUAUUAUGCUCAAAAUGAGAUGUUGCACAACCCUACCAAGACAGGUACCUUGGCCAUGUAGUUUUAAUACAAAUGACGCCUUAAAGGUUUUAUUUUCAGUGAUACCCCCUACACCUAUACAGAAUUGUAUUAAUGCUAACAUAUUCUUGUUAUAAGACAAUAGAAUUGUUUGGUAAAAAUACACAUUAUUAUUUGAAAUGGUCUACGUUUCUGUACAACUUAUAAUUAUAAUCUAUUAAAUACACAAAUAAAAUAUCUAGAGAUAGGUUAUUUCUCCAAAUAGCCACAAACUGGUUACUCCAGGAAUUCGAAACAAUUAUUGAUCAGGGGGCUUAAGUGUAUUAUUCCUUUUAUAUUGUGUCGAUCUCUGAAUUAAGUUAUUCCAGCCAAACAUGCUUUAUUAUUCUGUGUCUCUUAAACAAUAAUUGUAGUGCUGGGUUGCACACUCAUGGAUUAGGGCAUGUCAUGGAAUCUUUGACUCCAAAUAUUACAUUAAGAUAAGGAAGGUUUAGUUAGUAUAUGAAUGUAUUCCCAUUUUCAAAAUUGUAUGAUGGAGUGUCAUGUGAAAAUUGUAUAAAUGUAUACUUACCAUUAAUUAUUUUUAAAAUUACUUUAAUAUUAUUCCAAUUUGUAUUCAGGCUAUUAGUGUCAUCACAUAGAGAGAAUUAGACCAAUAGUAGUAUUUAUAAAAUGUUCUGUUAAAGUAUUAUAUUAAAACAAGUAAUGUAAGUUUUGUUUUGAACACCCGUUUUACCAGGGACCUAACAUAGUAAUCUCUAACAAAAUCACAAGUUCAUACUCUGAAUCCAGUGUUAUAGAAUGAGAUCAUAUUUAUAUUUUUUUAUUUACAAUUGGCAAAAUAUAGAAUUUAAUUAUUACAUGGACUGUCAAACAAAAUUCCAUCAUUAUUAUUUUAGUCUAUUUGUUGUAUUAUCAUUUGGAAUGUAUUAUUGCUUAGUUUAAAAUUUUAAUUUAGGUGUAAAAAUGUAACUCAUUAUACCAAUUAUUUAGGUUAUAAUUUGCCAAAAUCUUGAACUAUUUUACUGGUUUUAUCUCUGCCUUUUUCAUUCUGUACAAAUGUACUGUGGGCUAAUGUUUGGCACUUAUGUAAAUGCAUUUUAUUAUUUAAUUAAAUACUCUUUUGUA